AUGUUUGCCCUGUUCCUGGCAAUCGGGGUGUGGCUUUUCGCCGAGGGAUUCCUGCUGACUCGGACCCCGGUCGAUCGACCAGCCGAUUGGGGGGACAUUGCCUUCGGUGUGGCGCUCCCGGAUCUGACCCAGCCACUGGCCGGACACCCGGCCGACCAGCCGGUGGGCAGCAUGCCAGCCUGGAAGCCGCUGCCCCUGCUCGACACCCGGCACCAGUGCCCUGCCCAUGGGGCCGCCCUUCACCAGCAAAUGGACCACUUGGCUGGGCGCCUGGCCAUCCAGGCGCGCCGAGUCCUGCGCCCCUUCGAUCGGGUGAUUGUCCUGCUGGUGGAUGCCCUGCGGUAUGACUUUGCGGAUGCCAACUUUGGGGCCGGCUUCUCCGCCGCCACCACGCCCCUGCCAGCUCUCCACACCCCGGGGCGUCUGCUCGACAGCCAGCCCGACCGGACCAUGCUCCGGCAAUUCAUCGCCGAUGCCCCGACCACCACUCUCCAGCGCCUGAAGGCCCUCAAUACCGGCGGGCUGCCGGCCUUCGUGGAGGCGGGAUCGAACUUCGCCGCGCGUGCUGUCGGCGAGGAUUCCCUGCCCGACGCAUGGCGCCGGGCCGGUCGGGCGGUGCGCUUCGUCGGCGACGACACCUGGGUCGGGCUCUUCCCGGAGGGCCGCCUGGGCGGGGUGGCUCCGAUGCGCGAGGGGGAGCCGCCCCAGCCAGCCGGGCGCUCGGCCUGCAGCCAGGUGUUGGCGCUGCCGAGCUUCGACGUGGCCGACUUGGACACGGUCGACGCCGCGGUCAUCCGCUACUUCGCUCGGUGCCUGGAGCUCCAUGACCCGGACAUCCUCCAGGGGUUUGACGGUCUCGCCGAGUGGGUGGACCACAUCCCGGUCAGCGGCAGCCCAAGCUGGGAUGUGCUUAUCGGCCAUAUGCUGGGCCUGGACCAUGUUGGCCAUCGUCUCGGGCCACACCACCCAUCCGGAGCGCUCGAGCGCAAAAUCCACCAGGUCGAGCGCUUUCUCCAGGCCCUGACCUCUGCCAUUCCCCAGUUGCCCGGCAGCACGGCCCUCCUGGUGCUGGGCGACCACGGGAUGACCGUCACCGGCGACCACGGGGGAGACACCCUGCCCGAGACCACAAGUGCCCUGUGGGUUUGGGCCCCGAGCGGCGGGGCUGCUUGUGAUGGCCGGGCCGUCGGCCUGCUGGACGAGGCUGGGACCUGUGUACCCCCGCCGGUCGGGGAGCCGAUCUUCCAAACGGACUACGUUCCGACAUUGGCCCUGUUGACUGGCGUUCCGAUUCCCUUCAGUUCUCUCGGUGUCCCCAUCGAGGGGCUGUUCACAAGCUCACAUACCACCGAGGCUGCCGCCCUGCGAGCCACCCUCCGGCAGGUGGUUCGCUUCUUGUCCCAUUAUGCCGCCCCCGGGGGCAGUCAGCAGCAGCAGCAGCGGCAGCAACAGCAGCAGCAGCAGCUGGCCGAUGCGCCUGAAGCCCUGGCUACCGACCGGCACCCUGGUCGCCGAGACUUGGCCAUUAAGCUGGCCGAUGCCCGGCGAACUGGCAACCCGGAGGCCGUUUGGCCGGUGCUGCAUGCACACACCGCCGCCCCGGACCAUGAGGCGUGUCCCGUGGCUGCCGGGCAGACGUACGCCACUGCCGGGGGGAUCCCCUCCCUUGUCGAGCUGGUGUCCGCCUUUGCCGAAUUGGAGUUCUGCUAUGAGGUUGCCUUCACGCGUGUGCUCCUCGGCGAGACGCUCAGCCCCGAGACCAUGCUCUCCUCGGCGGGCCUCCCCUCUUCCGGGCCGGGUGCCGACAUCGAUGACCGGCCGCUGGCCCGGUGCAACCGUCUCACUCGGACUUUCCUCCAUGCCACCGGGCUGCGCUGUCGCCGGGCGUGGGCCGAGUUCGACACCACGCGACUGGGGCUCGGCGUGUGUGCGCUGGCCGGGGUGCUGAUUUGGUGGCUGGCAUCCGCCUUCUCGGGCUCGGCGGUCGCCGAAAAGAACAUGAACAUGGCUGUCGCCCCGGCGGCCCCGGCACAUUCUCCCGCGUGUCAGCGUGGCCUCCGCGUCUCUACACUUGUGACAUUGGUGACCAUCGCCCUGGCCGUGGCCGCGCAGCCCUUCUCCAACAGCUUCAUUGCCGCCGAGGCCGACGUCACUUGGUGGGCUUUAUCCAGUUUGCUGGUCAUUCUGGCCUGGUCACACUUGCGCCAAGGCAAUACCGGAGCCAGUAUCCAGGCCCUGGCGCCAUUGGUGAUCUUCCGCCUGCUGGCCCCGGGGCUGGUCUUUUUACGGGCAUCGAAUGAUGACGACCCGAGUUUGCUCUUUUCGCCGACCGCCCACGCGGCCGGACUUCCCGCAUCGACAGCCGACCCGGGCGCCCCCCUUCCGUCCCUGGGUAUUGCGCUGUGGGACUUCCUCGUGAGCCCCACGCGCCAGGCGGAUCCCCUGUGGAACCAUGGUCCACACCAGCUGGCCGUCUUCCCGCUGGAGUGCCUGGCCUUGGCGGUGGCAUUGGUGUGUGUGCGCGGCGAUCGCAGUGUUGGUCGGGCCUUGCGAUCGCGGGCAUUCGUCGUGUAUACCCUUGCCGGGAGUGCCAUCCUGGCGUGGUGGGGCCUGUCACGCUGGCGCGACAGUCUCUUGUCCGGUGAGAACGCUGCUCCGGUUUGGCUGGAUUUGGCUCACCUGUGGCCUCCCCGCGCGCUGUACCUCCUGCUCGCAGCCACGUACAUUUGGCCCGGCGGGCGCACCCACCCGAACCCUCGCCAGGUUGUGCAAGAUGGCUUGCUCGCGCGACUGGCUGCGCUGCUGAGCCUAUGCAAGCUGCUCAGCGGGCCGGGAGUGUGCCAUGUUUGGAUUGGCGUCCUGGCGUGCAUCCCCCUGCCGGUGGGGUCUCCUUCGAUGCCCGGCCAGCGGCCCGGGCAUUCUCGCGAUCGUGCUCCCCUGCAUCAGGGCCUCCUGGGCGGGGGGAUCCUGUCAUUUUUGGCGUUGCACCUUUUCUUCAAGACCGGCCACCAGACGGUCUUCGCCUCGAUUCAAUGGUGGCCCGGCUUCAUCGGCCUCCACCGGGCACACAUGGUCCUGAGUGGGGGGCUCAUCUGCAUGGCCCUCUUCGGGGCUUGGGUCCUUCGGGCACAUUUCCUGGCCGCGUGGUUCGCCGGGCCCGGGCUCGAAGCUUCCGACGCCGGGGCCCGGCUGCGUGUCACCUCGGCCGCCGCCUGUGCCAUCGAUCUAUUGGCCAUUGUCUGCACGGUGGUGGCCACGGCCAUCCUCCGACGGCACCUUUUCAUCUGGAGUGUCUUUGCCCCGCGGUUCGUCAUCAUGGUUCUCGCACACGGGGCCGGGUUCCUCACGGAGGUGUUCCUAGGGGCCUGGCUACAAACGCCCCUGCGGCUGUGAGGGUUCUUCUUCCUUCCCCACUCCCCUGUGUCUACCACCACCAUCACUAUCGCAGACACACACACACACACACA